AUGGCAUACACCUUCCAGUCUCCAUCCGUAACACUCGAAAAAGGCGCGUAUCGGAUGCGUGCACCAUAUAGCACACGACCAGGUUCUUCCCUCAGCCAAAGUCAAAUGAGCCCCAAACGAGCACCAUCCCACUCCCAAAACAGAAAACUCGCGAUUCUCAUCGCCGUACUAGCUUUCGCAUCAGCCACAUGCUUCUUCUUCGCGUAUCAUUUAUUCACCACCAGGUUCGCUCCCUACGCACAACCCCACCCGCACCCCGCUGACGCCCUCCCAAAAGCAAUCCCACCCGUUUCUGACACCAAAUACCUCUCCUACUACCCCCACAGCGGAUUACACAACCAACGCAUCGCACUCGAGAACGCAAUCGUACUCGCUCAACAACUUAAUCGCACUCUUCUUGUUCCUUUUCUCCGUCUUGGAAAACCAAUUCGAUACGUUUCAUUUGAAAAACUUCAACGGUUCCUCGCGCUUGGGUCUAAAACAGGGCUUGAACACUGUCCGCUUGUCCCCGUCGGCAUACCAGCACCUGAUGAGUGUUCAGGGUAUGAAGAAUGGACUUCCAUCCCAUGGGAUCACCUUGUCAAUCUCUACGCAUUAGGAGAGAAAAUCGGAGUAAAGAUGAUCCAGUGGGACGGAAGCCCAGUUGCACAAUACAUGAAAAAAUAUCACAUAAAUAUCUUUGAAGCAGACACAUUGACCCUCCAAGACUCUGGACCUUACGAUUUCCGCUUUUUGAACACGCUUGAUGAUGUAUCGCCUACGCGGGACAAGUAUCUCUAUUCCAUCUACAUCCCAAAACUUGCCCAAGUACCCGAGAGAUUACUGCAGAUCGGGACGUUAUUUGGGUCGUCGAGGCUUAGGCUUAAGCAGGGCGUGAGUAAGAACAUGCGGAGAGAUGUAAGGACCGGAAUGACGUUUACGAAUCCACACCUGUCUCGUGUGGCCGAUACGAUAUAUGAAACGUUAGGCGCUUUGUACAUCGGUGCGCAUCUUCGUGUCGGGGACGGUCAAUUCGAACAACGAAGCAUCGAUAAUGCAAGAACAAUCUGGUGGAAACUCGUGCACCUUGUUUGUGGACUAGGUCUUGAAGAGACUCUGGCGCUUGAACAGCAGCUCAGUCCUUUCGACGAGGACCUCGAUCCGCCGCUGAUCCAACCCGAUGUGCCGAGUCUCAGGGUACCUCAUCCGCCUUUACCUCCUCUGCCACAUACGUUCAAACCCAAGAUCCGGUGUCGUGCACCUCUGCAUACCUCGCCAUCAAUGCAAAAACUGAACGCUCCUCUUUACAUCGCUACUGACUCCCCGAAUCCUGUAGCAGACCCACUGUUUUCGAUUUAUCUUCAAACCUUUCCGUGUAUAUUCUUCCUUUCUGAUUUUCCAUCCCGCCUGACCCCCCUCGACGCAUUGAUUAAUCCAUAUGACCAGGUCCCGUUGAAGGGGUUUUUGAUACCGGUGCUGGACGCGAUGGUACUGGCUAGAGCGAGAGAGGUCGUUGUCACAGAUGGAAGCACUUUUGGAGCGUUUGUGAAGGAUGUGCUGUGGAGGCGGCACCGGGGAUUUGAGAUCGUGCAGAGGGGGUGA